AUGCGAGCACCUUUGAUUUCCCUUGCAGCUUUGGCUGUGGCUAUACAGGCACAGGAAGUAUACUUGACAACAACCGGUUACUCCGCUCGACCACAAUGUACACAAUCGAAUGUGGCACCGAAUUACCAUUUUAGUCCCUUCUCUUAUACCCUAAAUGAGACAGUUCGAUAUGCAACCUCGGUUCCGCCCCCGACAACAACACGGAAAUAUGGCCCACCCUAUACCGACGCAGUCAAGCAUUUAAGCACCAGCUGGUCGACCUCAACGUGGGGCAGUUGGAUCCCAGAGCAAACAAUUAUCAGUGCAACUGACACGGAGGACCCAUAUGGACAAGCUGCGUGGUCCUCGAUGUGGCUACAGGCGGAUCUUCACAACUAUACCACCACUGGGCUAUUCUCGACAACUGUCAGUCCCACACCUGUGCCCAGUAGUGAGCUGGUCCUGCCACCGCGCGACUACUUUGGUCCCACAGACUGUUAUAAUUUCCCCAAAGACUUUGUGUUUGGAGUUGCAGGUAGUGCAGCGCAGAUCGAAGGUGCAAUUGGGUUGGAUGGUCGAUCACCUUCGUUGUUGGAAAAGUUAGUGCCCGACAGCAAGCCGAAGGACUAUGUCACCAACGAAAACUAUUUUUUGUAUAAGCAGGACAUACAGCGACUAGCUGCAAUGGGUGUGGAGUAUUACAGCUUUACAAUUCCCUGGACGCGGAUUUUACCUUUUGCUCUGCCAGGAACGCCUAUCAAUCAACAAGCUAUUGAUCAUUAUAAUGACUUGAUUGACACAGUUCUCGAUGCAGGAAUGACGCCAAUUGUUACGAUGCUCCAUUUCGACAGCCCAUUAAUGUUUGUUGCAAGCGACAAUAUCACGAAACGCCCAGAUAUUGGCUACAACAAUGCCGGCUAUCAAAAUGAAACCUUUGUCGAUGCAUUUGUCAACUAUGGAAAGGUCCUUCUUUCUCACUAUGCAGACCGAGUCCCAAUAUGGGUGACCUUCAAUGAGCCCCUGCUCUACGCAUACAAUUUUAAAGGAGUGGACCACAUUGUCAAAGCACAUGCUGAUGUCUAUCACUUCUAUCAUGAUACGUUGAAGGCUACAGGCAAAAUUGAAAUGCAACUGGGUAUCUUCGCAAAUCCAAUCUUUUUGGGUAAGCAAUACCCAAAGUCUGUGCUAGAAACACUCCCCGGAGCCAAGCCCUUGAGCAAAUCCCAAUUGAAACACAUCCGCAACACCUCCGACUUCUUUGGGAUUGAUCCAUAUACCGCUACGGUAGUAUCCCCAGCCAAUGAAGGUAUCAAGGCUUGCGCUGCCAACCCAUCAAGCUCGAAUGAGCUUUUCCCGUAUUGCGCCAAGCAAGAAACAAAGAAUAUUUACGGAUGGAACAUUGGAUAUCGCUCUGAAUCCUACGUGUAUACCACGCCGACACAUUUCCGGGAGUAUCUCUACUACCUGUGGAACACUUUCCGACAUCCAAUUUUGGUGGGAGAGUUUGGGUUUCCAGUAUACGCAGAAGCGGAACAGGAGCUUUCUGAUCAGCUUUUUGACUCCCCACGCAGCGUAUAUUAUCUUUCAUUCAUGUCUGAAAUUCUCAAAUCGAUAUAUGAAGAUGGUGUUCAUGUUAUGGGGGCCCUUGCUUGGAGCUUUGUCGACAAUUGGGAAUUUGGAGACUACGCACAGCAAUUUGGCAUUCAAGCGGUCAAUCGCACGACCCAGCAGCGACACUACAAGAAGAGCUUCUUUGACCUGGUCGAUUUUGUGAAAGCUCGACAGCCGCAUACAGAAUGA